AUGAGUACCACAAUCAUUAUUGGGACCCAAUGGGGCGAUGAAGGCAAGGGAAAGCUUACCGACAUCUUCUGCUCCAAGGCCGAUGUCGUUGCUCGUGCGGCUGGCGGACAUAAUGCAGGUCACGUCGUACAAGCCAAUGGCAUCUACCACAAUUUCCGACUUCUUCCCUCUGGCCUCAUGGCACCCCAAUGCCAGGCGCUCAUCGGCACUGGCGUCGUCUUCCACAUCCCCACCUUUCUCCAGGAGCUCGCCGACAUCAAAGAAGAAGGGAUUGCCGACGCGAGCGAGCGUGUCUUUGUGUCGGACAGGUGCCACGUCAACUUUGAUUUGCACGCGGCCGUCGACGCCGCCCACGAGCAAGAGCUCGGCGGCAACGCCGUCGGCUCCAUGAAGCGCGGCAUCGGCCCUUGCUACAGCACCAAGGCUAUCCGAAACGGCAUACGCCUUGCAGAAAUCUUUGACGAGCAGCGGUUUGACGACAAGCUGCGACGGCUGGCUGCUGGAUACCAGAGGCGCUUUGGGACGUUUCUAAAGUACGACGUCGAGGACGAAAUUGAACGGUUCAAGGAAUACCGGGUGGCCAUGCAAAAGUAUGUCGUGGACGGUGUGCUUUUCAUGGCAAAGGCCAAGGAGAGAGGCGCCAACAUUGUCGUCGAGGGUAGCCAGGCUAUACUGCUCGAUAUCGACUAUGGCACUUACCCGUAUGUUACGAGCUCGAGUGCUGGUCUGGGUGGUGCCAUUUCUGGCCUCGGAUUGGGCAUCAGAGACAUUAGCGAAGUUAUUGGAGUUGUGAAAGCAUAUACGACACGGCUCGGCCUGGGAGGUUUCCCAACAGAGGAACACGGCGAGGUUGGAAAACACUUGCAAGAGCUGGGCGGCGAGUAUGCAGCCGUCAUAUGCCGCAAACUGAGAUGUGGAUGGCUCGACCUUGUCGCCCUGCGCUACUCUUGCAUGGUCAAUCAAUACGACAGCCUCCAGCUCAGCAAACUCGACAUUCUCAGCACGUUUGAGACAAUCAAGGUCGGAAUCGCAUAUCGAGACAGGGACACGGGCAAGGAAAUCCCCUCGUUCCCAGCAGACCACACCGUUCUCGAGCGCGUCGAGGUUGUCUACGACGAGCUGUCGGGCUGGAACACCAGCAUUGCAAAAAUGCGCGAAUGGUCUGACCUGCCCCACGAAGCGCAGGAUUACGUUCAAUAUAUCGAACGUUUCGUCGGCGUCAAGAUCAAGUGGAUCGGAACGGGACCGGAGAGGGAGGAUAUCAUCACCCGGGUUUAA